UCUGUCUUCCCCCAAACUAAAUGACUAAACUCAUUUCUCCUUUUUUUUAAUUUUCCUUCUUAUUUCUAAAUCAAAAUAAAUAAAUAAACACAUACGUAGUAUAUUCUCUAACUUCCUCAACCCCCACUUUUCCAAUUUUACCCUUUUCUCGCUCCUUUUAAUUUCCCGGUGAUGGAUGUUCGGCGACGACAACCACCACUGCCACCGGCGUCGGCGAAUUUGAAACAACUUCGCCGGAAAACUUUCGCCGGAGACGAGUCGCCAAAAGCUUCCGACGCUUUACCUCUUCCUCUUUACAUCACUAAUGGCGUUUUUCUGACCCUAUUUUUUGGGGUUGUUUACUUUCUUCUUCAACGAUGGAGGGAGAAGAUCAGAAAUUCUACCCCUCUUCAUGUUGUUUCUCUUUCCGAGAUUUCUGCUAUUGUUGCUUUCUUAGCUUCAUUCAUUUACCUUCUAGGGUUCUUCGGAAUCGAUUUUGUUCAAUCGUUUAUUUCACCCAGAUCAUCUUAUGAUGAUGAUGAGGAAGUUAUUGAAGGAGUGAGUAAUGAACAGCAGAUUCUCAAAGAGGAUAAGCGAAUUCCUUGCGGAAUUCCAAUCUCUUUACCCGAGAAAAAAUUGGAGGUUCAUCAAUUACCCAAAACCCUAGAUCUUACCCCAGAAGACGAAGAAAUUGUUCAAUCUGUUGUUAAAGGUUCAACCCCUUCGUAUUCAUUGGAAUCGAAGCUUGGUGAUUGUUUCCGAGCUGCGAAGAUUAGGAGAGAAGCGCUUCAGAGGACAACAGGACGAUCCAUUGUAGGGUUGCCAUUAGACGGGUUCGAUUAUGAAUCGAUUUUAGGACAAUGCUGCGAAAUGCCGGUUGGAUUUAUCCAGAUUCCGGUGGGAAUUGCCGGGCCAUUGUUGCUAGAUGGGAUUGAGUUUUCGGUACCGAUGGCGACGACAGAGGGAUGCUUGGUUGCGAGUACAAAUCGAGGGUGUAAGGCAAUUAUGAUGUCUGGUGGUGCAGCUAGUGUUAUAUUGAAGGAUGGGAUGACUAGAGCUCCUGUUGUUAGGUUUGGAUCAGCUAGAAGAGCUGCUGACCUUAAGUUCUUUCUUGAAGAUCCUGCUAAUUUUGAGACCAUUUCUCUUGUUUUCAACAAGUCAAGUAGAUUUGCAAGGCUUCAGGAGGUUAAGUGUGCUAUUGCUGGAAAGAACUUGUAUGUUAGGUUUACUUGCAGAACUGGUGAUGCCAUGGGAAUGAACAUGGUUUCCAAAGGUGUUCAGAAUGUGUUGGAGUAUCUCCAGAGUGAUUUCCCUGACAUGGAUGUUAUUGGCAUCUCUGGAAACUAUUGCUCAGACAAGAAGCCAGCUGCCGUAAACUGGAUUGAAGGAAGAGGAAAAUCUGUUGUUUGUGAGGCUGUCAUCAAGGAAGACAUUGUGAGGAAGGUCCUUAAGACCGAUGUAGCUUCCCUUGUAGAGCUUAACAUGCUCAAGAAUCUUACUGGAUCUGCUGUGGCGGGAUCACUUGGUGGAUUCAAUGCUCAUGCCGCCAACAUCGUGUCUGCCAUUUACAUUGCCACUGGUCAAGAUCCGGCACAAAAUGUUGAGAGUUCUCAAUGUAUUACCAUGAUGGAAGCCGUUAAUGGCGGCAAGGAUCUACAUAUCUCUGUUAGCAUGCCCUCUAUUGAGGUUGGAACAGUGGGAGGCGGUACCCAACUAGCUUCUCAAUCAGCUUGCCUUAACUUGCUGGGAGUCAAGGGUGCAAACAGGGAGACUGCUGGAGGAAACGCUAGACUGUUGGCCACUGUUGUUGCCGGUUCUGUUCUUGCCGGGGAGCUCUCUUUGAUGUCUGCAAUUGCAGCCGGGCAACUUGUUAGAAGUCACAUGAAAUACAAUCGAUCAAGUAGAGAUAUGUCUAAAGUUGCCUCUUCCUAAAAAGGUUGCUUUGACAUUAUCAGAACCUUCAACCUCCUGAUCUAGCCGAAAGAUCAGUGAGAAAGACCGCAUUGAGAGGUCAAAAAUGGGAAAGAGAGAAUGAAAGGAGGAGAGACCGCGAGUGAUCAGCUUUAGCAAUAGCUUUAGCAAUCCUUGUAAUAGAUUAGAGAUGUUUCCUCUUCUCUCUUUUCUUGCUUCUUGCAGAUUUGUGUAAAAUGGGGAGAAGGGAUGUAAGCUUGUGUUGGGUUUCUUUUUUCUUUCUUUCUUUUUUUUUUUUUUUCUCGACAGAUUACUGCAUAGUUCAUCAUCUUUUAUUUGAACUUUUAGUUUGCAUGUGUUUCAGAAAUAAGAAGAAAUGUCUAUAAUUAAUUUAAUUACUACUCUAUUUUUGUUA